UUGAGAGGUACGCUUUCUAGUCUUAACUUCUCUUUGUUACCUCAUCUAGUGAAACUAGAUCUGUCAAACAACCUAAUAUAUGGGACCAUUCCCUCACCGACUGGUGGCCUUUCGAGACUCGCAUAACUUAAUGUGUCCAGCAAUCAUCUUUCGGGAAUACUUCCUUCAGAAGUUGGGAUGCUAAGAUCUCUCAUUGACAUUGAUUUGUCAAUAAACAAUCUCAUAGGAUCCAUCCCCACAUUAAUAGGGAACCAAGAAAAUCUCACAACAUUGUACCUUCACCACAACUCUCUCUCUGGAUCUAUCCCUCAAGAAGUAGGAAUGCUAAGAUCUCUCACUAAUCUUCAAUUGUCAACGAAUAAUCUCACGGGAUCAAUCCCCGCUUCAAUAGGGAACUUGAGACACCUCACAGCAUUGUACCUUGACCACAACUCUCUCUUUGGAUCUAUCCCUCAAGAAGUAGGAAUGCUAAGAUCUCUCACCGAUCUUGAAUUGUCAACUAAUAAUCUCACGGGAUCAAUCCCCGCUUCAAUAGGAAACUUGAGAAACCUCACAACAUUGUACCUUUAUGAGAAUUCUCUCUCUGGAUCUAUCCCUCAAGAAGUAGGAAUGCUAAGAUCUCUCAUUGAUCUUGAAUUGUCAACGAAUAAUCUCACGGGAUCAAUCCCCGCUUCAAUAGGGAACUUGAGAAACCUCACAACAUUGUACCUUUACCACAACUCUCUCUCUGGAUCUAUCCCUCAAGAAGUAGGAAUGCUAAGAUCUCUCACUGAUCUUGAAUUGUCAACGAAUAAUCUCACGGGAUCAAUCCCCGCUUCAAUAGGGAACUUGAGAAACCUCACAACAUUGUACCUUCACCACAACUCUCUCUCUGGAUCUAUCCCUCAAGAAGUAGGAAUGCUAAGAUCUCUCAUUGAUCUUGAAUUGUCAACGAAUAAUCUCACGGGAUCAAUCCCCGCUUCAAUAGGGAACUUGAGAAACCUCACAACAUUGUACCUUCACCACAACUCUCUCUCCGGAUCUAUCCCUCAAGAAGUAGGAAUGCUAAGAUCUCUCACUGAUCUUGAAUUGUCAACGAAUAAUCUCACGAGAUCAAUCCCUGCUUCAAUAGGGAACUUGAGAAACCUCACAACAUUGUACCUUCACCAUAACUCUCUCUCUGGAUCUAUCCCUCAAGAAGUAGGAAUGCUAAGAUCUCUCACUGAUCUUGAAUUGUCAACGAAUAAUCUCACGGGAUCAAUCCCCGCUUCAAUAGGGAACUUGAGAAACCUCACAACAUUGUACCUUCACCACAACUUUCUCUCUAGAUCUAUCCCUCAAGAAGUAGGAAUGCUAAGAUCUCUCAAUGAUCUUGCAUUGUCAAGGAAUACUCUUAAGAGACCAAUCCCCGCUUCAAUAGGGAACUCGAGAAACCUCACAACAUUGUACCUUCACCAUAACUUUCUCUUUGGAUCUAUCCCUCAAGAAGUAGGAAUGCUAAGAUCUCUCACCGAUCUUGAAUUGUCAACGAAUAAUCUCACGGGAUCAAUCCCCGCUUCAAUAGGGAACUUGAGAAACCUGACAACAUUGUACCUUCACCACAACUUUCUCUCUGGAUCUAUCACUCAAGAAGUAGGAAUGCUAAGAUCUCUCACUAAUCUUCAAUUGUCAACGAAUAAUCUAACGGGAUCAAUCCCCGCUUUAAUAGGGAACUUGAGAAACCUCACAGCAUUGUACCUUGACCACAACUUUCUCUCUGGAUCUAUCCCUCAAGAAGUAGGAAUGCUAAGAUCUCUCACUGAUCUUGAAUUGUCAGCGAAUAAUCUCACGGGAUCAAUCCCCGCUUCAAUAGGGAACUUGAGAAACCUCACAACAUUGUACCUUUUUAAGAAUUCUCUCUUUGGAUCUAUCCCUCAAGCAGUAGGAAUGCUAAGAUCUCUCACUGAUCUUGAAUUGUCAACGAAUAAUCUCACACGAUCAAUCCCCGCUUUAAUAGGGAACUUGAGAAACCUCACAACAUUGUACCUUGAUGAGAAUUCUCUCUCUGGAUCUAUCCCUCAAGAAGUAGGAAUGCUAAGAUCUCUCAAUGAUCUUGCAUUGUCAAGGAAUAAUCUCACGGGAUCAAUCCCCGCUUCAAUAGGGAACUUGAGGAACCUCACAACAUUGUACCUUCACCACAACUCUCUCUCUGGAUCUAUCCCUCAAGAAGUAGGAAUGCUAAGAUCUCUCAUUGAUCUUGAAUUGUCAACGAAUAAUCUCAUGGGAUCAGUCCCCGCUUCAAUAGGGAACUUGAGAAACCUCACAACAUUGUACCUUUAUGAGAAUUCUCUCUCUGGAUCUAUCCCUCAAGAAGUAGGAAUGCUAAGAUCUCUCAUUGUUCUUGAACUGUCAAGGAAUAAUCUGACGGGAUCAAUCCCCACUUCAAUCGGGAACUUGAGAAACCUCCAAACUUUGUUCCUUGAUGCGAACUCUCUCUCUGGAUCUAUCCCUCAAGAAGUAGGAAUGCUAAGUUCUCUAAUUACGCUUAGCAUUUCAAGGAAUAAUCUCACGGGGUCGAUCCCCGCUUCAAUUGGGGACUUGGCAAGCCUCACCAGAUUGAUCCUUCGCGAAAACUCUCUCUGUGGAUCUAUUAACUAGUGAGAUACCACCAGAGGUUGGGAACUUGAAAAGCUUAGUGACAUUAAACCUCUUCCACUACUUGUUGUCCAGUUCAAUCCCCUCUUCUUUCAAAGGGAUGUCAAGUUUAACGUCGGUUGACAUAUCUUACAAUCACUUAGAGGGUCCUCUGCCUAACACAAAAGCAUUUAAAGAUGCUCCAUUUCAAGCACACCGAAAUAACGAUGGAUUGUGUGGCAAUAAAACUAGUUUGAUGCAAUGCUCACUGUAGCAGAGCGAUGGAGAUAAAGAAAGAAAUCAUAACAAAGUUGUGCUUCAGGUUGUAGUUCCUACGUUGGGAAUUUUUUUUCUUAUUGUUGCUAUGAUUUUCCUGGUUCAUUGCAAUAGAAUGGGGGACAAUGAAAUUGAGCCAAAUAGAGCAACUAAUAGAGAUUUGUUUGAGAUUUGGAGCUUCGAUGGAAAGCUGGUGCAUGAAAACAUCAUCCGAGCGACAGAGGAUUUCAAUGACAAGCAAUGCAUUGGAGUAGGUGGAUAUGGCAUUGUUUAUAGAGCUGGGCUUCCGAGUGGUCGAGUUGUCGCUAUAAAGAAGUUUUCAUGGUUCUCAAGAUGUAGAGUUGACUAAUCUACGAAGUUUUAUGAGUGAGAUUCGUGCAUAGACAGAGAUACGACAUCAGCAUAUCACAAGGCUUUUGGAUUACUGUUCACAUCCACAACACUCAUUUUUGAUUUACGAGUUCUUGGAAGGUUGGAGCUUGGACAAGAAACUAAGCUGUGAGGAAGAAGCACUAAGGUUGGAUUGGGGUACGAGGAUGAAUGUAGUUAAAGGUUUGGUAGAUGCUUUAUCAUAUAUUCAUCAUGUCUGUUCACCCCCGGUAAUUCAUCGCGAUAUAUCAAGCAAGAAUGUUAUGCUAGACUUAGAAGACGUCGCUCAUCUCUCCGAUUUCGGAACUGCUAGAUUUCUAAACCUGCACUCAUCAAAUUGGACGUCCUUUGCAGGCACCUUGGGAUAUGCUGCUCCAGAACUUGCUUACACAAUGAACGUGAAUGAGAAGUUAGACGUUUACAACUUUGGAGUUUUAACACUCGAAGUUGUAAUGGGGAGGCAUCCAGGGGAUCUCAUCUCUUCUCUUUCUUCAUCAACUUUGGAUUCCUCGCCACCAUCUUCUUAUGGUAUUUUCGUGAAGAAUGUAUUGGAUAAACGGCUCCCACUGCCAAGGAAUCAAGUGGAGAAAGCAGUGGUUCUUGCUGUCAAGCUAGCACUUGGGUGAAUGCGCCCCAACCCGCGGUGCCGACCAACUAUGCACCAAGUUUCUGCGGCUCUAUCGAAACAGAAGUCGCGCCUGCAGAGCGCGUUUCUCAUGAUCACAUUAGGACAACUACUUGAUGACAAUUGUCCAAAUGCCUAAGUAUUCAUGUUGUCCCCUCAUUGCUUGGGUUUUGGACCUUUGGUUCUCCAGUUUUCUACUUUGUGAGUGUGGCGGGAAUGAUAUAGUUUUCAAUGGAUCAAGAUAGGGGGAAGAGAGGAUCAAUGCAAAGGCGGUGGCAGAAUUCACAAAUUAUUGUCGAGCCACAGAGGAGGGAAGAAAUGGAAAUGGAACCAGUCAAGCAGUGGAAAUACAGUGUCGGGAGAGACCACAACAGGGGACGUUGAAGAUCAACAUUGAUGGUUCAUUUAUAAAGGAAACAGAUAGAGGAGGAAUGGGUUUUGUCGUUAGAGAUCAUCUGGGAAGCAUUCUAAGUAUGGAAGCCAUUCCAAUCACAAAAGCAUGCUCAACUGACAUGGAGGAAGCGAUGGGAUUUUGUAUGGCAGUGACCCGUUUGCAGAAUUUGGGAAGGCAUAAUGUUGUCUCAGAAGGUGAUGCUCAGAAGAUCGUUCGUAUGCUGCAAGGAAGGAGCUCGAUCAAGGCUGAUUUGGAUGUCAUCAUUCAUGAUACUUUAGCUUUAUCUUGUACUCUAAACUCUUGUUCUUUUAAUUUUAUUCCUCCCACGUGUAAUAGGAUGGCUCAUUUGAUAGCCAAGUAUGCUCUAUCUCUUGUUUCUCCACUGACUUGGAAUGGGGACUUUCCCACCUUGUUGGAAGCGUGUUUGAAUUGAGACUUUUGUGCGAUUAAUAAUGCUACAUCCCCAAAGUAUUGUGUGUCC